CAAGUAGACCCAGAGGGUAGAUCCAUUUGAUAUUUGUCUCGAUGUGUGCAUUUCUUCAUACGUUAGAUUUUUCUUUGAAUUCUUAUUCGUUGUGAGAAGAAAUGGCUACCAAUUCUAGUAAAGUUGAUCAAUAUAUUCAGUGUGAUCAACAGGAGAGAAACUUGUUAUCGUCCAUAAAAGAUGUACAUUAUGAUUUAAUUGAUGAAAAAGGCGACUAUGAUUCAUCCACUAAACCAAAUAUACAGGAUACUACAAAGGAAUUAAUUACCAACGAAUCUAGGUGUAAUGAAACAUCAGGUUAUGAAUCAUCUUCAGGUACAUUGUCAACAAUAAUGAGUACAGAGAAUAAUCAUGAUGUCAGUAUGGAAAGUGGAGAGUCUUCAGAGGAAGAAGUUAUGGAUAAAGAGUCUAAUAUCCAAAAUAAGGACCAUAAUAUCGACAAUGCAGUAAAUGAACCAAUAAUAAGGGAAUAUGAUCCCACUAUCGAUCAAAGAUUACCAGAAACUGUGACAUUGUUGACCGCACCAGAAGGAGGAAAAUUAUACCUAGUAGGAACAGCGCAUUUCAGCGUUGAAAGUCAAAAUGAUGUAUCAAAAAUUAUACAAGCUGUACAGCCUCAUGUCGUUGUAGUUGAAUUAUGCAGAGCUAGAAUUGGUAUAAUGCAACUCGAUGAAGAAGUUAUGUAUCGUUAUGCCAAGAACAUCGAUUAUAAAACUAUUAUGGAUACCAUUAAGAAGGAAGGACUUUACAAUGGUUUGUUACACAUCUUGUUGUUGAGAAUGGCAGCUCGCGUUGCGUCGCAACUCGGAAUGCCACCCGGUGGCGAAUUUCGAAGAGCAUUUGAAGAGGUGAAAAAAGUGCCAAAUUGCAUCGUGCAUUUGGCUGAUCGACCAAUCAAUAUAACAAUACAACGCGCGAUACGAUCGUUAUCUUGGUGGCAAACUAUAAAACUAGGAUGGCAUCUGUCAAUGAUGAAUGAUCCUAUUACUCAAGAGGAUGUCGAACUGUGCAAACAACGAUCGAUGCUGGACGAGAUGAUCGCUAGCAUGAAAGAGGAGUUUCCAGUAUUGGGAGAAGUAUUUGUUAAAGAGAGAGAUAUUUAUUUAACCAAUUCUUUACAAUUGGCCUGCUUACCGUGUGGUCCUGCGAAUCGUCUGCUCGUCGAACCGAGAGUCGUAGGAAUUGUCGGUUUAGGACAUGUAUCUGGUAUCGUUGAAAAUUGGGGUAAAGUCAAGCCCGGUGAUAUACCUCCUAUCAUGAGAGUGCCACCACCGUCGUUGUCCGGUAAAAUCUUAAAAUUUACCGUUAAGGCAUCUAUACUCGGUGCUGUAAUUUACGUAGGCUACAAAGUUGUAGCGGUACCUGCUACUAUCGCGUUUCAUUCUAUCAAGUCAUCGGUCGAGGGGCUUCUACAGGUUGGUGCUGCGCGAUAGAGUUAUUCGAAUUCCAUUUACACAGCAUUCUAAGAGGAACCCCUUUAUAUUAUAAAGCAACUUUUUCUCUUUACCUUGUGCUGCCUUUGUCCCAAAGAGUUUCUGGGACUUCUUUGGGCUUUUUCGUUGACACACGAUCGCGGUAAGCA